AUGGAGAUGGUAGAGGAGAUCAAGGAAUCUCCUCAAGUGAACAAGUUCGUCUUUUCCGAUCCAGGUUCUCCUCCUAGCUUACAACUCAAUGUUUCCAUCCGAAGCAUAGGCAAAAUUGGCGAGACAGGGGUAAUCAUCAGUGCUUCGCUGGGCGCCAUGAGACCCCUUGUUGGGAAGUUGAGCUUACUGCUUCUAGCUCCUGUUGAGAGACGCUUCUCCAGUAGGGUCGAGAACGAAAUGCGCCUUCUCAAACAUGAUGUUGAAGAGAUAACCUCCUACCUUGAUGAACUGUCAGAGGUGGAGGACCCUCCGGCGACGGCCAAGUGCUGGAUGAAUGAGGCGCGAGACCUGUCUUACGACAUGGAGGAUUAUGUCAACAGCUUAUUAUCUGUGCAGCCGGAAGAUCAUUCCCUUGUUGCCAACAACAUCAAGACCACCAGGUCCCUCGGCAAAUGCUUCAGCCAUGCCAAGACUCUCAAGAAGCCCAAGUGGGACGACCACAAGAUUGAACAAACGCUAUCAGAAUUCAGGAUGAAUGUCCAGGAGGCGAUUGGACGGCACCAGAGGUACGGUCUCCAUUCUUGUAGCGCCUUGAGGCGUAGGUUUGUGCCCCUUGGCCCUAUGCUUCUUCCUACGCCAUAUGAAGAAACUGCCGACACAGUAAUCGAUGGCCGGAUGAACGACUUCGUCAACUCACUGGCUAACGAUGGGGACCAGCAGCUCAGGGUGGCAUCUAUUCUUGGAUCUGCUUGUCUUGGUAAAACUACACUUGCCAGAGUGUUUUACGACAAAUUCGGGAGGCAGUACAAUUGUCGAGCUUUUAUUCGAGUCUCCAAGAAACCUGAUAUGAAGAGAACUUUCAGUGACAUGCUCUUGCAACUCCAGAAACAGCAUCCGCCACAAGAUUGUAAGGAGGUUGUCCUCAUUGAAAAUAUCAAGAAAUAUCUACAAGAUAAAAGGUACUUAAUUAUUCUUGAUGAUGUAUGGGCUACGUCAGUAUGGGAUAUUAUUAGUCAUGCUUUUCCAAAUGGUAGUCAUGGUAGCAGAAUAAUAACAACUACACAGAUUGAAGACGUCGCAUUGACAUGUUGCAGUUACCAGUCAGGGCAUGUCUUUGAGAUGAAACCCCUAGAUGAUGAUCACUCAAGAAAACUUUUCUUUGGCAGACUUUUUGGCUCUGAAAAUCAUUGCCCUGAGCAGUUCAAAGAGGUUUUGGAGAAAAUUGUUGAAACAUGUGGGGGUUUGCCGCUAGCAACAAUCAGCAUAGCUAGUCUUGUAGCAAGCCAGCCUAUCAUAUCAACUGGUCUAUUGGCAUACAUAUAUCAUUCGUUAAGCUCUUGUUCUAUGUAUCCAGCGGGCUACAAAUUCUGGAAGGAUGAUUUGGUGAAGCAAUGGAUGGCUGAAUGUUUUAUCCAUAUACCAGAAGGUCAAGACAUGUAUGAAGCUGCACAAAGCUAUCUGAAUCAACUUAUUGGCAGAAGAUUCAUCCAGCCUAUAUGUGUGAACCACAACAACGAGGUGGUUUCCUGCAUGGUUCAUGACAUGGUACAUGAUAUUAUCGCACACAAUUCUGCGGAAGAGAAUUUCACUGUCGCGGUAGACUAUGGCCGAAGAAAUGUGCCACUUUCUCAUAAGGCCCGUAGAUUAUCUCUCCUCUUUGGCGAUGCAAAAUAUGGCAAGACGCCAGCAAACAUCAGAAAGUCACAAGUUCGGUCCCUCACUUUCUUUGGAUUAUUCAAAUGUAUAUCUUGUAUUAGAGAGUUCAAGCUUCUUCGUGUUCUAAACCUUCAACUAUCUGGUCAUGGCCAUGGCGAUGGCCAUGACCGUAUAGACCUCACCAGGAUUUCGGAACUGUUUCAACUGAGAUAUUUGAAGAUUGCAUGUGAUGUAUGCAUAGAACUUCCAAACCAUGGGCUAAAAUUGUUGGAAACACUUGAUAUUUCGGAGGCAACAGUCAUUCUUCUAAGGAAUGUCCAUCUCCCAAGAUUAUUGCACCUCAGCCUUCUCUCUGAGCGAAAUCUGCCAGAUUGGUACGUCGAUAUGAGAGCUCUCACGCUGAACUACUGCCUGCAGGAUCUUCAUCUUUCUUGUCUCUGUAGAGGUCCGUACGAGGAGAAGUAUAUCAUGGGAUUUCUGGUUUCUCUAUUCAGAGUACACCGCUUCCUGAAAACUAUUGUAGUGGCACAUGGAUCCUCGGCAGUUAAAGAGCUUGUGUUUCCUCUCACUUCAUACCUACCAAUUUCAUUGGAAAUAGUGGAACAUCCCCGCCAUCUCCAGAGAUUUGAAUUCUCGCCACACUGCGGCAUCUUAUUCUCACGAAUUCCUACGUGGGUUAAAGAACUUGCCAACCUAUGCAUUUUGAAGAUCGCAGUGAAGGAAAUAUAUCAACUUGAAGUUCUCAGAGCAUUGCCUUCCCUCACUGCUCUGUCGCUGUAUGUGGAGACGGCGCCCCUUCACAUGAUCAUCUUUGAUACGGGGGCCGGGUUCUCAGUUCUCAAGUACUUCAAGUUGAGGUGCACGACUGGUAUAGCUCAGCUAAAAUUUGAGGCGGAUUCAAUGCCUAACCUCACGAAGCUCAAGCUAGUUUUCGAUGCCAUCCCACCAAUGGACAGACUUUCUUUGCUCUCUUUUUCGAAACAGAGCACUUUGGAACGUGGUACUGCAUUAAUCACAAUCGAGCAUAUGCCAGGACUUAGAGAGAUCUCUGCAAAAUUUGGUGGUGCAGCAGCUGCUGAUCUAGAGUUUGCCUCCAGGACCGUCUUUAGUAAUCAUCCAAGCAAUCCAACAAUCAACAUGCAGCUGGUGGAUCAUAGUUCGUGUGGUGACGAGAGCACUAGACGAGCUGAGAUUCUGGAGGAAGAACCAAGUGAAUCCAGCAAAACACAACCAGAUGAAUGUGACAACAAGCAAGAUGAGAUCCUGGAAGAACCAUACAACAGCAAGAUACGUAAGAGAGCAGCUGGUAGAAGAAGGAUUUCAAGGUCAUCCAAGUUCUCUGCGCUUCUACACUUUCAAGGAGCAAGCACGGCACUAAAGAAGGGGCUCGUAUACUUCGGAUGGGACCGGGAGAAGGAGCCCGGCCAUUCCAGGAAGGAUAAUAAGACAAUGAAGGGCGGAUCUAUUUUCUCCAGGAAGGAUGUCUCUAAGAGCAUCUCCACCGGCGCCCCCGAUAGCGGCUCCGGUAACAUUUUGGGGACCGGCAGCGAAAAUGUGCUCGCACCGUUGUUCGCCGAGACGCGCGGCCACCGCCAUUACCACGGCGACAACGCUGAGGAGGACGAUGAUUGA